CGUCUGGUUGAGAAAUCAGGUGAGUCGAACAUAACCUUGGUGAAUGUGACCAAGCGUAGAAGGAAAUUUAUAAUUGAUUUCAUGACGACGAUCAUGGAGUUGAAGUGGCGGUACCAUGUUCUGUUCUUUUUUGUCAGUUUUGUACUCUCAUGGGUGCUGUUUGGAUUUGCUUGGUACUUGGUUGCCUGGAUUAAUAAUGACCUUGAUCCGAAGAAGACUGACCUGUGCGUUAUAAACGUGCGGGAUUUCCCGUCAGCUUUUAUGUUCUCCAUCGAGACUCAGGCCACCAUUGGAUAUGGUUACCGUUACAUCAACUCCAACUGCGGUUUCGGGGCCUUCCUCAUCAUGCUGCAGAGCUGCUUCGGCAUCUUCAUCACUUGCUUCACUACUGGCAUCUUUUUCGGGAAGAUUUCCAGGCCUAAACGCCGUUCACAAACAAUUAUGUUCAGUAAGAACGCAGUCAUCUGCAAGUUGGACGGGGGCUACAGCUUGCAGUUCAGGGUGGGUGACAUGAGAAAAGCCCACAUCAUCGGGACCUCCAUCAGAGCAAUUUUGGUUAGGCAGAAGAAAACGGAGGAAAAUGGGAUUAUUCCUCUGUGUCAGUUUCCUUUGGAGAUUGAAACGGAGACGAGUAAGCAAGAUAGUUUCUUAUUUUUUAUGUGGCCUGUGACGAUUUCUCACAAAAUUAAUGAAAGCAGUCCCUUCUGGAAGAUGUCGGCAGAGGAUGUUUUGUUGAAUCCCUUUGAGGUGGUAAUCAUCUUGGAAGGUACCGUCCCAACUAACGGGGCUCUCAUCCAAGUUAGAACCUCCUACCUCUCCUCUGAAAUCUGCUGGGGUCAGAAACUGACGCCCCUCAUAACUGUGGAAACCUUCAAAGGUGAUUGCGUCAUUGACUAUUCGAAAUUUCACGAAACAACACCGAUUACGAUGUUGGAGUGCAGUGCAGCGGAACACAAGGCCAGAAAACAAAUG